CACGGGAGUUUUAGCUGAAAUUCCCGACGGGAAUGAACCAUGGAGCCAAUGGAGCCUAUGCCAAUGCUGAGCAGAAGAUCGUCACGCAGCUGGUGGCCUGCGCGAGCCCCUGGAAUGUGGUGGGCCCAGGCAUGGAGUUCGAGCGCAUGGAAGACUUCUUCGCCCCGCCUUUGGAGAACUGGGGCGGGCCCUACAGCGCCAUGCUGGACUUCCUGCUGCAGCAGGGCUGGCUGCAAGGGCUGCCUCUGGACCUGCGGAAGCUUCUGCUGGUGAGCGUACCCUUCUGCGGGGGCUUUAUGGAGUGCCCUGCACUGCCGCAGUUCCUUACGGAGAAGUGGCUGCCGGCGAGCCAGGCGGCGGGUGCCUCGAUUCUGGGCACCGACGAGCGUUCUGUGGGGGCCUGGGCGGCCAAGGAGCGCUUCGUGGCGCGCAAGUUCCCGAAGCUGGCGCUGCAGCUCCGCGCCGCAGACCUCAUGGCCUUGCAGCUGCCCAAAUGCUCCGUGAGUCUGGGCGUUCAUCCAGAAGCCACAAGGAAGGGCUGGGCUGAGAUCAUCUCUAACGUGGUUAGCAGCCUUUUGCCCGGCGGCGUGUGCGUCUUUGCUACAUACUUCGACAUCGAGGCGGCCGAGGUGCGCAAAGUGGCCGCCAGCAAAGGCUUGCGCCUGGAAACCUUUGAGAAUCCCUACUACCAGGCGCGGCCCAUGCCAGCGUCUCCGUCCAUGCGCUACAUCCUGGUGGGGAGAGUUUGAGUGCGCGG